AUGCAAUCUGUUCAAAUGGCUUGGAAGAAAGAUGGUGAUUGGAAAGAGCGUUAUUCAAAGUUAUAUUCUUCGAGAGGAUUAACUCUGGCAAAAGAAGAUCCACCGCGCCGUAUAUCGUUCAUGAGCAAUGAGUCCUCUCCAUACGCCUCCUUGCUUGUUAAACUACGAGCCAGUCGCGAGGAAUCCACGAUUUCUGCGAUAUCAACACCACCGUACUUUAGGUCUCUCAUGUCACAGCAAAGUGAAAGCACGUAUCGAAGCUGUCAGCAGUAUCCCGAUUUAGGUGGCAUUGAUACUCUUCUUUUGGACAUGGUUCGAUCGCGCAGCCAAGAAAUUCAAGAUGAAAUACAAGACACCACGCCUGCUUUGCCCAGUGAAAACAACAUGGACGACAACCCAUCAAAUGAUCCAUACUGCAUGCACGGAUUCAACAUGCGUAUGACGGAACGCAGCGUUUCCCGCUCACGUUUCUCGCGCAUAUCCACACGUCGCGAUAUGGACAUACCUUCAAUAUUAGCAUUCACGGCUUCUGUUACGUCACCGCCUCAAGUAGAAAUACCUGCUUUUCAAAAACCAACUUCUCCACAAAGAGAGGAUAUACCACGCUGGUCUAUUCGUCGUUCAAUGUGUCCCGUGUGCUCACAAAAGUGGCGAGAUCGUAGCACAAUAAAAAAAAUAAAAUAUUCAGGACUUAAAAGAAAUAUAUCAACCGAUCUGCCAUCAGUGAUUGCGCCUGCGAAAAUAAGAACGGCAACUGCAGUAAGUUAUACCCCAAGACCAAUUCCUGCGACGGUGGACAAAGACGUUGGACUAGUACAUGGCUGCUUCCGUAACAGCAGCAACGCAUGGCAAUUGACUAGAGCACGAAAAUUUCGAGCACCUAAACCACGGCUCCCGUCACCUGAAGCAUCCGCACCACAUAGUUCUACCGCACCAACGGCAAAGAAAGAUCUCGACAUGCGUGUCAAUCGUUUUCUCACUGAUGAAUUUAUUACGCCACAGAAUAUUAAUAAAUCCUGA